AUGUCGGCUGCAUCAGUACAAUCUCCCGUUAUCCCUCCCCGGCCUUCUAGGAGUCAGGACAGGGAGGAGAACACGAAUACCUCGUCCGUCCCCAAGAUCCCUCCUCGUCCCAUCAAGCGUUUCGACCGCUCCAUUUCCCCGAACCCCGAUCGUUUCGCGCCCUCGCCCUUGAACGAGAGCCCCUUCUCCAAGAGUCCCAAGGCCACCCGUUCGUCUCCAAGCAAUGGCUUCCUAUCCUCACAAGAUCCCCUCCACCGUCCUGGCAGCGUUUCGAUGCCUUCUGUUGGUGAGGAAGGCAAUGAAUAUGACGUCGUUAGCGAAAGCUUGCCCAAAACGCCUACCUCGCCUGAGCACACCCGCUUCGCUGCUGAGGAUCUCAAGCUCCAUGCCCCCAAGCCUACUGUUCCCGCCCAGAGUGCGAAGCAGAAGGUUAUGGCCGUGACCCGCACCGAUUCCGACAGGGCGGCCUCCUAUGGCAUCGGCAGGCCCAGCAGCGACGAUACCACUAGGCCCAGUAGUCUCAGGAGGAAGGCAAGCUCUAGUGCCAUGUCGCAAAGGUCGGAGAGUGCCUUCGGCGACGAGGAGCAUGGCAUUCCUGAAAUCGGUCAGCGAGUGCCCAUGAACCCCAAUAUUGGCGAUGUCCAGGCCCCGUCCCCGGCUCCUGGCUCCGCCGCUGCCGAUGGCUUCCGUUCGGGGACUCCUCGUCACCAUUCUCGUAAGCAUAGUUCGCGCGGUUUCAACGAGUUGCCCCCCGGCAGCUACGGUCUCCACGGUCAUACCUCAGCGCCCCCCAAGGACAAGUUCGAGAGGGCCUGGUACGAGAAGCACCCUGAUUCCCUGAAAAAGGAUUGCAAGCCUUCUCUGCACGAUCGCCAAAACGACUAUGCCUUGAGCAGCACGGAUCUGAACAGGAUUGUCAAGGAAACCCACAGCCGGGGUUCCGGAAUGGGCACCUCCGCCGCCUAUGUCGGUACUCCUAGCGAGGAGGUUGGGUAUCAGGCGUCCGAGGAGUACACCUCUCGCAUUUCUUCUCCCGAGCUUCAGCGCAUCAAGUCUCCUCUGAGCCCCCGGCCAGGUUCCCACUCCGAGCUUUCGCCUGAGAGUGCUGCCACCCCCGGCAGCGAUGAAGGCACAAUCCACGUCGACGAGUCCCACAACCGCCGCAGGAGCUUCAUUUCCCACGACUCUGGCCAUGAGAACAAGUACAGCGCACCCAUCCUAGCCGAAGAUGAGCUUGAAAAGGAUGUGCAUCCUUACGACCUUCAGCCAGCCGUCGAGCCCCCGCCAGAGCGCUCCGGCAGUACCUUCGAGAUGGAGAAGGCCCCCAGUAAGCCCACAAGUCGACCUACCAGUAUCUACCGCAGCCAAUCGCAGACGGAGCCGACCUCGACUCCUCUGGAAGAUGUUGAAGAAUACGAGCCGCUGUUCGAUGAGGACGGCACGGAGGUGAAGAAGCCCGAGUCUGAGGCCAACACAUGGAAGCCUCGCCAUAAGUUCCCGAGCAAGGACGUUUGGGAAGAUGCUCCCGAUAGCGUGAACUACACCGCCGAAGUUUCAACACCUGAGCCUACGGAAACCGAACGUCCUUCGUCUAGGCGCCGUUCCGAACACCCCGUCGAGAACCCCGCCCUUGAGUUCGCUCGCAAACAAGAAGAGCUUGCAGAGCAGGAAGCCCGCGGCAUCCACACCAAGGAGAAAAAGCCGGUGUCCAUCGCCCUGCAACAGCCCAAGCAGGAAACCCGCCCGGGGAUUUCGAACCGCUUCCCGAGUCGCGAUGUCUGGGAGGAUACUCCCGAAAGUUUGAUGCACGAGGCUGUUGUGGAUACUCCCGAGCCAACGGAGGAGUCCCCUGUCGAUAAGCCCCACGUGCCAGCUCGUCCCCAGAAGAAGGGUUCCGAGUCUAGUGCUACUGCGGAAUCACCUUCAAUCCCCGAGCGCCCGAGGCCCAAACACACCCUGAGCAGCGACGACAAGUCAAAACCCGCGGCCUCGGAGAAGCCUAAGCCUCAAGUUCCCGCCCGCCCCACCAAGACUCUCCCGUCCGGCGCCGAUUCCAAGGAGCAGGAUUCCGCACCGAAGCCGAAGCCAGCUAUUCCUGCUAGGCCUGCCGGAGGCAAAAUUGCCGCCCUUCAAGCUGGUUUCUUGUCCGAUCUCAACAAGCGCCUACAGAUUGGCCCGCAAGCUCCCAAGAAGGAUGAGCCGCCUGCUGCAGAUGUCCAAGAGAAGGAGAAGGCACCGCUCUCUGAUGCCAGGAAAGGACGUGCUUGUGGCCCCCAGCGUAGGGCCCCUGUAGCGAAGAGCGCGGUUCCCGUCGCCGCGGCCAAGUCUGGACCUACACUGUCCUUUUCUCCCCUUAGGACUUGCUGGAGUAUUGGUGACAGUGGGGUUCUCGAAGUCGAGGAGUCAUCAAAAUCCGAAACUACCAAGGAGCCGGCCCCCAAGGUUGAAAGUGCCUCGCUGGAACCCCAUGCAGUCGAGCUUGAGACCAAGGCUGAGGUUCCUGCGGCGGACCAAACCGCCGAGGACCUGUCUGAAGAGAAAUCAGAAGAGGACAAGGCUGAGGCCCCCGCAUUCGUCGAUGCCAAGGUCGAGGCGCCCAAGGAGGAGGUCAAGACCCUUGCUGCCAACACUGCUGGUGAGCCUGUAAUCGAGGCGACCUUGGCGGAAAAGAAGGACGACAUCGAGCCUGUUGAGGUGAAGCAAACGGGAGGCGAGGCAGCGUAA